UGAUUCCACAUUUUCAUAUUGUCAGUUCUUCUUCUCUCUUUGGAGAAAACGAUUCCCAAGUAUUUAACCUCUUUCUUAAUUUGUAUAUUAUAUAGUGACUGCAGAGGAAAACCACGUAAGGUGAUCAUUUCACAUUUAUCUACGUUCAGCUUUUAGCCUGAGGCCUUAGAAAACUGUCAAAGUUGAGUCAUCUCCAGUUGUCUUCCCAUCACAUUUAAACCUUCAAUACUAAUGUUUUUGACCAGAAUAGAUUAUAGACAAUAAUGCUGAGCCGCCGUGUCCUGCAGCUGCAGAACUGUGGAUUAUACGUUAUUAUUAUACAGCAUUCACAUUUAUGAACCUCUCUCCAAACCCAAGUAAUGCAGCGUUUUCAGAAAGAAACAGAAUCAAAUGCUUUAUAGAAAUCUAAAAAUAACACAAAUCCACUUCCUGUAGUCAAAUAUAUUUAUGUUGAUCUUCUCUUCAAAAAUCCGGAUUGAGUCUCACUAAUUAUUCUUCAGCGUGGCCGCAACAGCUCCGGAAAGACUUUUAUAAUCAGAAUUAAGCGGUGUGAUUGGUCUCAAGUUAUCUAAUAAUCUUUUAACUUUGCCAGCUGCGGAAUCAGUGUGAUCGUUGGAUGCUUUCCUCUCUGUGCUUGGAACAAAAUAUUUCCAAUAUCCUUCCAAAAGAACUAAUAAAAGUCCAUCUGCGCCAUUUGUUUAUAGCCAUCACUAAAUCAGCUGCGUGUUGUGACCACAGACAGUAUCUGACUGGUUUGAAUGGAGAGCAGUGAAGCCACUUCCGGACCAAAACAAAACCACUACAGGGCUACUUCCUGUUGGCACCAGCGUCUACUGCGCAUGAUCGCGCUGCGUAACCGUGGUUUAAUGACGUAAAGCAACGGCAGAAACACCGUAAUUCUGGUACAUAAAGUCUCGUGGCUCAGCGUGUUUGUCACUGAUUAAUCAGCCCACCUACGAGGCUCAGCUGUGAAACACCAAGGCAGCGUUUUUUAGAUUGCUGAGAGUUUAUAAUCUAAGCAAUACGGUCACAUCUCUCACGUGCGACGGGGUGUCACGGGGUUUUGACGUCAUUUUUGGGCCUGCAGGCUUUGGUCGGCUUCACUGUCCGAUCUCAGGCUCACCCCCUUGGACGUGACCGGGAACCGCUUCCUGCUCGACCCGGAACCGGAAGCGGAGGCUCUCCCUCUCCGCUGCGUCCUGCCGUCAGCCAGCGCAGCUUUCACUCGUUUCUGCUCCUGGAACCAAGUGAGUCCCGCCGAUGUUCCCCGCGGGGCGGGAGCCGUCAGCAUGAGCCCCCCCCUGCACACCCGGCUGGCCGCCGUCAUGGAGUCUCUGGUCCACGCCGCCGUGGCGGAGCUGCAGAAGCUGGUGCGGGAGGACCGGCAGCCCCGGACCGCAGAGGAGCCGCCUCCGCCGGGCGGAGCGCAGGCCGACAGCCGGGACAAGAUGGUGCUGUUCGCCGCCGUCAUGGAGACUCUGGGGAACGAGGCUCUGGGGAAGAUCCUGAACAUCGUGGACGAAGCCCAACUGCUGGGGGAGCUGGAGUCCAGGAGGGGCGGCAAGAGACCGCAGACCAGCGUCCUCAACGUCCUCAGCAGCGCACGUGUCGAGGUCGAACACUCGUACGGGAUUCGUCUCGAGAGCUCCGACGCACACAGAUCCGCUCAGACCAAACUAGAGGAGGAGGGAAGUGAAAAUCCGUUUGUCCUGGCGGUGACGGUUAAAGACGAACACGGCAACAUCGACCUGGGAGCCAUCGCUGAGAGAGCUCGACUUGAAGCCGUGGAGCCGGUGACCUCUGACCUCCAGCAGAAGGUGUCCAGCGCGGAGUUUCUUCUGCAGAGCGUGGCGUGGAAAUACUUCAUGUGCACGGCGUGCGGUAAAUCCUUCACGUCCCAGAGCAACCUGAAGUCUCAUUACCGCAUCCACACGGGCGAGAAGCCGUUCUGCUGCAGCGACUGCGGCCGGGCGUUCCGUCAGAGGCAGAGUCUGCGCAGCCACAUGCGGACGCACACCGGCGAGCGGCCGUACGAGUGUCCGCAGUGCGGCAAGUGUUUCUCCAAGCAGACGCAGCUCAAGACGCACGCCGUCAUCCACACUGGAGAGAAGCCCUACGCCUGCGAGGUGUGCGGCCGCCGCUUCAACGUGCUGCAGAACCUGCACCGCCACGCGCACACGCACACCGGCAAGAAGAUCUUCGUCUGCGGCGUGUGUGGGAAAGGCUUCACCCGCGGCGUCACGCUGAAAACACACGAGCUCAUCCACACCGGACAGAAACCCUUAAAAUGUGAGCAGUGCCCUAAAACCUUCCGCCACGCCGUCAACCUCAAGAACCACCAGAGGAUCCACAGCGGCGUGCGGCCGUUCAGCUGCGACCUCUGCGGGAAGAGCUUCCGCCAGUCGGUCAACCUGAAGAUCCACCGGAGGACCCACACCGGCGAGCGUCCGUUCAGCUGCCAGGAGUGCGGCAAGACGUUCAGCCAGCAGAGCAGCCUGAUCUCACACGGCCGCACGCACUCCAAGGAGCGCCCGUUCGCCUGCGGCUCCUGCGACAAGAAGUUCAACAACGCCAACAGCCUGAAGCUGCACCUGCGCGUCCACACCGGCGAGAAGCCAUACACCUGCGACAUCUGCGGCAAGACCUUCAGCCAGGGCAGCCACCUGAGGACGCAUAAGAGGCACGUGCACGCCGGCGGCAAGCAGUACAUCUGCGACAAGUGCGGGAAGCGAUACUCGGACCAGCGCAACCUGAAGCUGCACAAGUGCGGCUACGCGUGAAGGCGCAGCCGGGAGCCAUGUUGGAUUUUACAAAAUAAAAUGUUCAGUUUGUUGAACAGGAAGUGGGGCCGUUAAGCAAUCAGGGCUGCGACGUGUUGAGGUGGGCGGGGCCUCUGGUUCAGGUACUAUUACCUCCUGAGGUAAUGCUUAGUGGGCGGGGCCCUUCCUUUGAACAGAUCAUCUGUCCUUUUAAACACUACAGUACCCAUGAGCCUCAGUGGCGGUUGCCAUGGGGACGACUGUACCAUAACUGCAGGACCUGGUCACGUUUAAAUCUCUAAAACCCGCCCGGUAACAGGGUCUGAAGCUUUCUGAUUGGACGUUUCAAUCAUUUAAUAUGGAAGAAAUUAAGUCACCUGAUGUAAGCCCCGCCCACUACAGUACUGCAUUAUGAUUGGUUGAAACCGUGAAUUUAAGUUACGUUUAUGUUGCUCAGAGUGUCUGUAAACGUGCAAACAGGCACGUGGCUGCUUUUUAUAAUUUAAUAGAAGAUAUUUUUCAUGUGUAAAAUAAUAAACCUGAACAACUGGU